UCUCUCAAUAAUCCUCCACAUUUGAAACAUUUUAUUAAUUUUUGCAAGUAAAAUAAUUUUAAAAGGAAAUGUCAAUCUAUCUUUUAAAAUCAUCAUAACGCGAAUGACUUUUGAUUUGAUGGAAAUAUAUCAAAUGAUUGAAAAUAUGGAGCAUCAACUCGAAGAAUUGAUAGAACAUAUACGAUUAUUGGAAAUUAUGGUCUGCGAUUUUCAACCUCAAAGUCAAAAUAAUCUUAAUCACCAAUUGAAUUCAAUCAUUAAAAGUUUGCAAGAUCUUCAAAAAUCUAAAGCGAUUAUUUAUGAUAUUCAAAUACCAUUGGAUUUAAUUGAAUAUGUUGAUAAAGGUCUAACUCCUGAGAUUUAUAUAAAAGAUUAUAUGGAUAAAUGUUUAUUUAAAAAUGAAGAAGCCAAAAAUAGAGUGGAAUCUCUGAAAAAGUUUAAAGAUACACUAAUGACUGAAAUAAAUAAAGUCUUUCCUACUGAAACAACAAAGUAUUGUAUUUUAAGAAGUGAAGAUACAACUUUUCAACCAUAAUUUUUUUUAAUAAUGAAUACCAUAUACAAUAUUAAA